UGUGGUGACGUAAUGACGCAGACCCGCGCGAUUUGAGUGUUUAGCUGAGGGAGCGAGCGGAGCUCUGGUUGCUGGAGGCUUUAACAGUGGAACAGCGCGGUCAUGGUGCAGGAGUUUCAGGUGUUGAGGUGUUUCUCCUGUCAGACAUUUCAAGUGCAGCAGGUUAAAAAGAGCAAAAAAUGGACUUGCAAGAUGUGUGGGGAAAAACAGUCACUUAUAAAAGAAUAUGGCAGAGGAACAGGCGCAGAUUGUAGGCGCCAUGUGCAGAAGCUGAAUUCAUUACGUGGAGAUCUGCUAGAGGUGGAAAAUGAAAGAGCUCAGGCACAGUGGAAGGAAAAGAAGGAAUGUAGGGAAGAGGACGGCUUUGGUGAUGAGGCUCAAAGCUGUGAGCAGCAGGAUGAGGAGCAAGCCACUGAAAGCCGUUGGAGUAAAUAUGUGGAUCUCACUAAGAAUGAGCCAAGUGGUGAUGAAGAUGAGGAAGAAAAUGUUUACACACAGAGAGCCCGGUUUAGGAGUCGUGAUAAAAUGAGCAGAAAGAGGAAGAAUAGCUUCACCUCAAAGGGUACAUGCGGACGCUACACAGUUGGUGAGGAUGAGGAACCUGAUGCUGACCCUGUUCAUUUGAAAGCCAAGGUAUCACCUUUUCAGCUACAUCGGCGUGGAGGAUCAUUCAAAUCAUCACCUGCUCCAGAAUGUUCCUCAAAAGAGUCUUUAAUCACUACCGGGUUCUCCAAAUCAUCAAUUUCAUCUGUUUGCAGUCUCCCAGUUUCAACACUGAUCUCUAAACAAGUUGAUGUGUACAGAGAUGCAAGUGCUCAUGGUGGAUGCUACACUGGAGAAUAUAAGCAGCCUUGUGAAGAGUUAACCACAGAGCAUCUCCUCUCUUCAUCUGCCAGCGAUUUAAUUCUGCCAUCAUCCUCUUUUCAGAGGUCCAGUGAAACAAAGACUGAAGCUGUAAGCUCCAGGUGGGCUCAGUUUCUUACUACAGCCUCUGCUGAGGAGGAGAAGGAUGAAAUGGAAGAGGAUGCUUGUGCUCAGAUGAUUUCUGGGGCACCUGAUUCUGUAGUAGCCCAAUCACCAUCAGAACCUUUUAUGGCUGUUCCCACAGUUACACUUAAAACUACAGGCCAUUUGAAGAGUGAUGCAGGAGUUUGUGCAAGAGCUUCACUGGAUGAGGUGCUUGACCUUAAAAAUAGGAGUACAAGGGUUUUUGAGAAACUGAGCCAGUGUAUUACUGGGAUGACUUCCAACAGUCCUCUUCCUUAUACAUCAAAGCCUGAUGUUGCUCACAGCCCUGUGUGUUUUCAACUCCCACCAGUUAUGAAGCCAUGUCCUGCUCUUUCUCUCAGCACAUUUUUUCAGACAAAUGAGGAUUUUGAUGACUCAUUUUAACCUGGGAUUGUUAUGAAAUAUUUGCAAUACUCAAUAUGUACUGAGAGUGAGUGUUUCUUUUAAUUACAUAAUAUAUAAAUACCAGCUACCCAUCAUUAUUUUAUACAAGCAAACACAUUAAAAUGGUCCACAAUGACCUUAAAUAAAUUCUUACUUAAUUGUGUAAACCUUUCAUUGGAAGGCUUGUAGGUUUUGUUUUAACAGAUGAUAAAAGAAAUUGAGGGUCUGGUGUUAUGUUUAUGUACAUUGAAACAAUCCAUACAAACACAAGAUUCUUGCAG